AUGGAGCUUUGGAUUGAGGCUAUCGAUCUAAUGGUCACACUUUGUGACAAGAGAGAGACAGUCAGACGAGACCGCAUCCGUACCCAUCCUCAACCCAAGCCCUUCCCACUACUCCUUGAUCCGAAUCAGUGCCCUGAUUGUGUUGGGGAUUGCAGACUUUCACUAGCAGAACGGGCGUUCAAGUACUGCCGGCCAGCGGUCAGAAAUGACCACUUUGACGACCAGCAUCUGGUAGAACGAGAGCGUACUGUACAACGUGGCAAUCUCAUUCGGUGCAACCAUCCUCAAUGCCAGGAUGACCCGAAUUUCGCGACACUAGAUGCGUUCAGACGGCAUGUGCAGACUCUUCAUGGCGUUUCGCUGAGGACAUCAGGCCAGGUCGAGCAAAGACGAUCAAGGAAGGUAAAGCGUAGACGGAUGGCUAAAGGGACACAAGGCUAG